UUUGCUCCACUGUCAGGCAAUCCAAGUGUGCUGAAACAGCAACUGACAGAAGAGGACAAAGAGCUGCAAUGGACGGUGAUGUUGCGGUUGGUGUGAAGGCAAGCUCAGAGGAGCUCAACAUGUACGGUAGCAGCCCUAACUCUAUGACUGCAAAUGGCAGUGACAGUAAGAAACAGCGUCUGGAUGAAUCACCUCCCUCCAGAGUUCUCCACAUCAGGAAACUUCCCAAUGAAGUGUCAGAGACUGAAGUCAUUGCUUUGGGGCUGCCCUUCGGAAAGGUCACCAAUAUACUGAUGCUGAAGGGGAAAAACCAGGCGUUUCUGGAGUUGGGUACAGAGGAAGCAGCCAUUACCAUGGUGAACUACUACACAGCUGUCACACCACAGGUUAGAAACACGCCUGUCUUCAUUCAGUACUCCAACCAUAAGGAACUGAAAACAGACUCUGCUCUGAACCAGAGAGCCCAGGCAGUGCUGCAGGCAGUGUCAGCAGUCCAGGAUGGAAGCUCUCCAUCAUCUGACCCCGGAGUUCUGGACCUAGCUCCACCCCCCAGCCCUGUCCUGCGAAUUAUCAUCGACAACAUGUUUUAUCCUGUGACGCUGGACGUUCUGCAACAGAUCUUCAGUAAAUUCGGGACCGUGAUGAAGAUUAUCACCUUCACCAAGAAUAACCAGUUUCAGGCUCUUCUGCAGUUCAGCGACCCCGUCAACGCACAGCAAGCUAAACUGUCUUUAGAUGGACAGAACAUCUAUAAUUCAUGCUGUACUCUGAGGAUAGAUUUCAGUAAACUGGUCAACCUCAACGUCAAAUACAACAACGAUAAGAGUCGAGAUUACACCAGACCCGACCUUCCCACCGGAGAUGGAGACUCAACCAACAAGGAUCAUUCAUUAUUGGGUACCCCAUCUGGAGCGCUAGCUUCCUACUCUAGUGGAGGAGGUUACUCAUCUUCUCUCUCCCUCUCGCAGGGUGGAGGAGCCAUCAGUCCCCUGAGCGCUGCAGCGGCGGCCGCAGCAGCCGCCGGUCGCGUCGCUCUGUCCGGAUCCGGAGUGUCAGGAGUCCUGCUGGCAUCCAACCUAAACGAAGAGAUGGUCACGCCUCAAAGUCUCUUUACCCUCUUCGGAGUCUAUGGUGAUGUGCAGAGGGUGAAGAUCCUCUACAAUAAAAAGGACAGCGCUCUGAUCCAGUUGUCAGAUGGAAACCAGGCUCAGCUCUCUAUGAGCCACCUGAACGGUCAGAAGGUGUUUGGUAAAGUGAUGAGAGUGACUCUGUCUAAACAUCAAACUGUGGCUCUGCCCAGAGAAGGACUGGAUGACCAGCUACUAACUAAAGAUUUUUCUGGUUCACCGCUCCAUCGCUUUAAGAAGCCAGGAUCCAAAAACUUCCAGAACAUCUUUCCUCCUUCUGCAACUCUUCACCUCUCCAACAUCCGGGAUGGAGUCGGAGAGGAGGAUCUACGUGUUUUGUUCUCUAACAAUGGAGCAACCGUAAAGGCCUUCAAGUUCUUCCAGGACAGGAAGAUGGCCUUGAUCCAGAUGUCAUCAGUAGAGGAAGCCAUCCAGGGUCUGAUGGAGCUUCAUAAUUAUGACAUGGGAGGAAACCACCACCUGAAAGUUUCCUUUUCAAAGUCCACCAUCUAACCCUCUCACACACACACACGACUCCUACAACCUUUAAGAUUUAUGACGAGCGAGGAAGUCACCACACGUUGUCCUCUUUUUCUGUUCUCCUCUUCUGUGCUAUCCCCCCAAAACCUUUAAUGACGUAGAACUAUAUUUUAUCACAGAAAUGUGUCCAAGCCUUGAAAUCAUUUUCAGUUAAAAUGUUAAGAAAAUUGAAAGGUACAUUUUCUUGACCAGUAGAAGCAGGAGUCCCGAGUUCAAGCCCAAAGUCAGUUUGCAGUGUCCUGCUUUGACCUCUUAAACAGCAGCUGAAAAUGUUGUUUUUGCUGAUCUGCAGUUGUUUUAUUUCUCACCUUGCUGCAGUGAUGUAGAAGUGCACCCCAGGGUGUGUCUGUGCACCGUGACAUCACUGUUGGGUGUGGUUACAGGUGCACACAGCACACUUCUGAUCAUAUCUAACACUGAUAAACCUUCAAACACAGCUUUUAAUUCUGGUGUUUUACACACAGAUCUCUUUUCCUUGGAUUUCUGUUGAGCUGUAAUUAAUCAUCUGCUAUUUUUGUGUACAUUGUGUCUCCACUUGAACCACUCAUUGAAUUUAAACUCCAAAGUAUCGGUCAUUGCUCAUACCUCCAUACAGGUAUGAUCAGUCAGUCAGCAGCUCUCUCAGUGACAUGGUUCACUCCACCAAAUCUCUCUUCCUGUAUUUAAAAAAAAAAAAAAGCUGGUAUAUUGGAUAUUUUUCCAAGCUACCAGCAUAAGGAAGUAGCUGGUGUUGUCACUGAAGGUUAAAGUGUGAUUCAUGCUGCUCUCUCCUCUCAUCUGCAAUGUAAAUACGACCAGUCUGACGUUAAAAACACACAGUGAUACAUUGUAGGGAUUUUUUUAGUAACCUUCACUAGAACAGCUCGCAGCUUUAAAUAAUGUUGCUGCAGCACACAGAAUCACUUUAAAUGUUUAAACACCAGAUGGAACUCAAUACCAACAAAUCCUCAAAGUAGACAGCAAUUCAAAAAUUUCAACAGGCUUUUUUUUUUUUUUUUCUUUAAGUCACUUUCCAUAGCUGAAUAAUCACUUUGAAGCUAUUUAUACAUGAAGCCCAUUUAAUAAAAAGCAUCAAGUUUGUCACAUCUCUUGUAUGGGAAUGUUUAAAGGCAUUCUGGGAGCUAACGAUGCCUGUUUAGGACACAUUUCCUCAAAGUGACUUGGAAUGUAUGGACGUGAACACACUGCUGACAUGUAAUAUUGAGGAUUAACAGGUGGAGCUGUCUGUAAUGUUCCCGUUCAGAUCCCAUCCCAGUCUUUUAGAAAGCUGUGAGUGGGUUCACACACAUACACACAGGUUAAGACAAGGUUUCAACAUGUGAUUCUGGUCAUGGUCUCUGAUUUUUUUGGGAGGAGACCCGUUGGGACCAAAGUACAUGUGCCUUCAGCCUGUGGUCUGAUUUUUUUCUUUUCCUGGUGAUGUUUGUAGACCAUGUGUUGUAAACCUGUAGAAAACAGAUUAUUUUGUUAAUUUUUUUAAAAACAGAUGUGAACCUCGUUUUCUCAGUCCUCUUAUUCUGACAACGUGAAUCUAUUUAUCAAAUCAGAAAUGCACAGAAAUCUGUUUGAACUGAGGUCGUCUUUGCAGUGACUUUUUAUUUUUAACUCAUCUCGGAUUCUUACUUGCGGCAGCAAAGUUUAUUUUCUUGGACAUUGUUGUUUUUUUUCUUCCUUUUAGGGGAUUGUUGUUGUAAAUUUUUCUACUUGAGUUCAGUUUCUUUUGUGAUAAGAUUUCAGAUUAGCACAAAUUAAACAUGUCUUUUCUACCAACAAGCCCAAGUUAAAUUGUGUGUGUGUGUGUGUGUUUGUGUGUGAUUCAGACCAUGUUCAGGCCUCUGCUCUCAUCUGUAUCUUACCUGUCAAUAAACUUCUCUCACUCUGUUCAGUUCUGU